UUUCAUUUGUGUGUGUGUGUCCCCAUUAAUCAUGUAAAUGGGUAAUGAGAGAGUGAGCGUGCUGUUUUUUCUGUUGCUGAUACCCUUACCAAUUGUUCUGGGCUGGGGAAAGGAGGGUCACUAUGCCAUCUGUAAGAUAACACAGGAGUAUCUUAGUGAAGAUGCUCUAUUUGCUGUCAAACAAUUGCUUCCACCUUCUGCUGAAGGUGAUCUUGCUGCAGUUUGCUCUUGGGCUGAUGAGGUUCGGCAUAAUUACCGCUAUCGUUGGAGUAGUGCUUUACAUUAUGUUGACACACCAGAUUUUAUGUGUAACUAUGAAUAUUGCAGAGACUGUCAUGAUUCUUCUGGACAUAAACAUAGAUGUGUUACUGGAGCAAUUUACAACUAUACUAUGCAACUUAAAUCAGCUGAUGCAGGCACUUUGUCCGAAUUGAACUAUAAUUUGACAGAGGCACUUAUGUUCUUGUCACAUUUUGUUGGGGAUGUUCAUCAGCCCCUACAUGUUGGUUUUGUUGGAGACCUAGGUGGAAACUCAAUAAUUGUUCGUUGGUACUGGAGGAAAACAAAUCUUCAUCAUGUAGGUGUUCAGAAUCGUGGUCUUGAUCUUUUUGUCAUAAUACCUCUCCCUGUUAAUUAUGCAGUAAAUGGACUAAAUUCAGUGAUUUUGAUUUUGGUUUUGGUCCAGGUAUGGGAUGACAUGAUUAUUCAGUCUGCUCUUAAAACAUUCUAUGGUUCAGAUCUUUCUAUUAUGAUACAAGCUAUUCAAAGGAAUAUAACAGAUAAUUGGUCAAGUGAUGUAUCAAUUUGGGAACAUUGCGCGCACAAUUACACAGCUUGUCCAUAUCAGUAUGCUUCUGAAAGCAUUAGCUUAGCAUGCAAAUUUGCCUACAGGAAUGCUACACCAGGUAGCACUUUGGAAGAUGAUUACUUCCUCUCUCGGCUGCCUAUCGUGGAGAAAAGGCUGGCUCAAGGUGCUGUGCGACUUGCUGCUAUCCUCAACCGUAUUUUUACUUCCAAAUCCAGAAUUGCUCAAGCUUGAACACACAUCUUUAGGG